GACAGAGUUUGUUUGCUGUUCUGGUGAAGCUAAACAGUAGUUGAACAGUUGACUUCAUUGGAAAACGAUAUUAUUUUGAAGCGAAGCUUGGCAUUCUGUGUCAGUGACCUGCUCAGAGGGAAAGCAGUGGUUCUGCGCUGGAUUUUGGAGCCGCAGCUCUGAGCAUUCCCACGUCACCAGAGGAGCCAGUGAGGAAUGAAAGCAUGUCUGCUUCCAGGUUGUGGUCUGCCCUGCUGAUCGUGCUGGGUUCUCUCUGCCCUAGAGGUUCAUCCUGUGGCAUUUCAACACACGUAGAAAUAGGACACAGAGCUCUGGAGUUUUUCCGUCUUCAAGAUGGGCGAGUUAACUACAAAGAGCUAUUACUAGAACACCAGGAUGCAUAUCAGGCUGGAACCGUGUUUCCUGAUUCUUUUUACCCUGGCAUCUGCAAAGGAGGAAAAUUCCAUGAUGUGUCUGAGAGCACCCACUGGACUCCGUUUCUUAAUGCAAGCAUUCACUAUAUCCGAGAAAACUAUCCCCUUCCCUGGGACAAGGAAACAGAGAAAUUGGUAGCGUUCUUGUUUGGAAUUACCUCUCACAUGGUGGCAGAUGUCAACUGGCAUAGCCUGGGUAUUGAACAAGGAUUCCUUAGGACAAUGGGAGCUAUUGAUUUUCAUGACUCCUAUUCCAAGGCUCAUUCAACUGGUGAUUUUGGAGGGGAUGUGUUGAGCCAGUUUGAAUUUAAUUUUAAUUACCUCGCACGGCACUGGUACGUGCCUGUCAAAGAUCUACUGGGAAUUUAUGAAAAACUCUACAGUCGACAAGUCAUCACCAAAAAUGUAAUUGUUGACUGUACAUACCUUCAGUUCUUGGAAAUGUAUGGUGAGAGGUUAGCAAUUUCCAAGCUUUAUCCCACUUACUCCACAAAGUCCCCAUUUUUGGUGGAACAGUUCCAAGACUAUUUCCUCGGAGGACUGGAUGAUAUGGCGUUUUGGUCCACUAAUAUUUACCGUCUAACAGGCUUCAUGUUAGAGAAUGGGACCAGUGACUGCAACCUACCUGAAAACCCUGUGUUCAUUGCAUGUGGUGGCCAGCGAAACACUACCUGUGGCUCAAAAGUACAGAAAAAUGAUCAUCACAGAAAUUUGACUGCAUCCCUAACUAAAGAUAUUGAAAGAAAUAUCAACUAUACUGAAAGAGGAGUGUUCUUUAGUGUGGAUUCCUGGGCCCCGGAUUCCAUAUCCUUUGUGUACCAGGCUUUGGAAAGGAAUUUAAGGACAAUGUUUACAGGCACCUCUCAGGAUCCACUGAAGUAUGUGUCCAGCCCCUUAAUGUCUUACUUCUUGUCACUUCCCUAUGCGAGGCUUGGUUGGGCAAUGACCUCGGCUGACCUCAACCAGGAUGGGUACGGCGACCUCGUGGUGGGUGCACCAGGCUACAGCCACCCUGGCCACAUCCAGAUCGGGCGCGUGUACCUCAUCUACAGCAAUGACCUGGGCCUGCCCCCAGUUGACCUGGACCUAGACAAGGAGGCCCAUGUUAUCCUAGAAGGCUUCCAGCCCUCAGGUCGGUUUGGCUCAGCCUUGGCCGUUUUGGACUUUAACAAGGAUGGCGUGCCUGACCUGGCUGUAGGAGCUCCCUCGGUGGGCUCUGAGCAGCUCACGUACAAAGGUGCAGUGUACAUCUACUUUGGUUCCAAACAAGGAAGAAUGCCUUCUUCCCCUAAUGUCACCAUCUCUUGCCAGGACAUCUACUGUAACUUGGGCUGGACACUCUUGGCUGCAGAUGUGAAUGAAGACAGUGAGCCUGAUCUGGUGAUUGGCUCCCCAUUUGCACCUGGUGGAGGGAAGCAGAAGGGAAUCGUGGCUGCCUUUUAUUCUGGCCCCAGCCGGAGCAGCAAAGAAAAUCUGACUGUGGAGGCAGCCAACUGGAUGGUGCGAGGUGAGGACGACUUCGCCUGGUUUGGAUACUCCCUUCACGGAGUCAGUGUGAACAACAGAAGCUUGCUGUUGGUUGGGAGCCCAACCUGGAGGAAUGCCAGUGGGCUGGGCCGUUUGUUCCACAGUCGUGAUGAGAAAAAAGGCCUUGGAAGGGUGUAUGGCUACUUCCCACCAAAUUGCCAACACUGGUUUACCAUUUCUGGAGACAAGGAGAUGGGGAAACUGGGCACUUCCCUGUCAAGUGGCCGUGUAAUGAUGCAUGGGACCCCGAUGCAAGUGCUGCUGGUUGGGGCCCCGACCCACGAUGACAUGUCUAAAAUGGCAUUCCUGACCAUGACCUUGCACCAAGGUGGGACCACUCGGAUGUACAAGCUGACACCGGAUGCGCAGCCUUCUCUGCUCAGCACCUUCAGUGGAGACCGCCGUUUCUCCCGGUUUGGUGGGGUUCUGCACUUGAGUGACCUGGAUGAUGAUGGCUUUGAUGAAAUCAUCAUGGCAGCCCCAUUGAGGAUAGCAGAUGUAACCUCUGGGCUGAUUGGGGGAGAAGAUGGCCGAGUUUACGUAUACAAUGGUAAACAGACCACCCUUGGCGACAUGACGGGCAAAUGCAAAUCAUGGAUAUCUCCAUGUCCAGAAGAAAAGGCCCAAUACAUAUUGAUUUCUCCUGAAGCAAGCUCAAGGUUUGGGAGCUCUCUGAUCACUGUGAGGUCAAAGGAAAAGAACCAAGUUGUCAUUGCUGCUGGAAGGAGUUCUCUGGGAGCCCGACUCUCCGGGGCACUUCAUGUCUAUAGCCUUGGCUCAGAUUAAGGAUUUCACUCCGUUUGCCCCCCGCCUCUCCCUCUCUCGUGCCAGUCAUCUCCAGGGUUAGCGUUCUGGUGGAGGAAGUGGCACAUCUGGUGGCAGAUCCUGAUAGAGGUGGGACUCUUGGAGUAGAGACAUGCGCCAACUGCCAGUGUGGAAAUUGGAUACAUUAAAUGACAACAGCAGAAAUAUGUGAAAUAGCAGACGCUCUGGUUACUCAGGUUCCCUCCAAAGUUUACUUCUUUGCUUCCUUUGCAUCCAAACCUUUCUUCUUUCCUAGCUUAUUGCCUGUGCUCAGACCAGUCAAACAACCUAUUUCCUCCUCCACUUGAACCACCAUGUCAUUCUGAUGCUGGAAAGGUCUCCCUGUGGUUAUCUCUUAGGACAAUCUCUAUGUACUGUUCCUCCUAAAAAUAUCCUAUUGGGUGCCCGUUCCAAUCAAAGUGUACUAGAAAGUAUGGUAUACAGGAAAAAAAAAUUGAGCAAGGUAAACAGUACAGAGGAAAAAAGUAUGGGAGUGAAGGUUAACCUUACACUCUCAAAACCACUUUAAGUGAUUUGCUCCUUUCUUAAUGAGGAUUACAUUUUCAUUGUUUUGCAUGGUGAAAAACAAAUAUAAAAACAAACUUUAUCACCUUCCCAUGUCCUCAAAUGCUUUUAUAGAGAUGGCUGUUUUAAUAGUUGAUGAACCUAGUGACUCUCCAAUUAAAGUCAACUUAUGAGGGGCUUUUGUUGCAUUAAGUUGCCGCAAGUUGUGCCAACAGAACUAGAAUGGAAACGAGAUCUGGCCUGAGCCAAGUAAGUGAUGGACCAAGGAGUGCAGCAGGCCUUGGCUUCAAUUGUUCCUGGGUUGUUUUUAGUGGGGGUGGAUU